AUGGAGGAGAGCGGUGACAAUGGCAGCACAUGGGAGGCGCGACCCAGCGGCACAAAGAACCGUCUUAGCCCUCUUAACGCCGAAGGCGGAGACGUAGGGUCGCAGACACCAGCAGCGAGUGACGGCUAUGCGUCCGAUACGGGUCCCGAGGGCAAUGGUGGCGGAGGCGGUAAAGGCGCGGCAGGAUGUGGUGGUUCCAGCCACGCUAAGGAAAGGAAGAAAGGAAUUCCGUGGACGGAGGAGGAGCACCGGCUGUUCCUGGUGGGGUUGUGCAAGCUGGGGAAGGGCGACUGGCGGGGCAUCGCGCGGAGCUUCGUGGUGACGCGCACGCCCACGCAGGUGGCGUCGCACGCGCAGAAGUACUUCAACCGCCAGAACAACCACAACAAGCGCAAGCGCCGCUCCAGCCUCUUUGACAUCAACACCGACUCGAUUUUGGAGGAGAGGAUGGAUAUGAUUCGCUCCGUGAGCACGCCCACCCUCCCCCUCGCGCCUGAAGACGCCAAGUGCAGCGCGCGUGCCGCUCCCACGCACGAUCCACCCAUUCACGCGCAUAACCCCCCCUCGUCCGCGUCAUCGCCCAAGAUCCCGUCCAAUCUCGCCUCCGUCAAGCCACCGUCAUUCACGUUACCGUCAGUCACGCUACCGUCAGUCACGGCGUCACCGCCGCCUGCUUACGCGCAGCACGCGUCUCUGCUGGACCUCAACCGCUCGCACUCCUACCCCGUGGUCCCUGGCGCCGGCGACUCCCACCUCUCGCGCUCUCUCAGCCGUCCGAUGUCCCUCCCAUCGCUCUCUCCUACGAAUCCCGCUGUACAUACUUCCGCGGACGUGUUAUUCCCACCUGCUGACGUCAUUCAUCCCUGGCGCAUAUUUGGCGUUACUGAACCGUGGGGUGGCUACCCCACGGUAGGCCGCACCUGGCCUCCGCAUCCUGCUGCUCCCGCGGUCCGUCCAGAUGCAAUGUAUCCGGCGGAGAUGAUGAUGGACCCGGCGGCGAGGCACAGGAUGGGGUACGAGAUGCUGCUGCGCAUGGAGGAGGAGAGGAGGCAGCGCGCGCACGCGGUUGCUGCUGCUAAUGCGGAUGCUGAUGUGGAUGUACAGGGCGCUGAGAAGAAGGUUAAGGUGGAGAACGAGGGGGGCACGGGGGUGGAAGUCAGUGUACAUAAAGAACCCCUGCCUUCCAAGUUUGUCGCUGGUGCCUCUAGGUUAUCUGAAGCCAUGGCUCCUGGUAGUUGGCACAAUAAGAGUAAGGUGGAGGAAGAAGGUGGUGCAUCGAAGGAGGCUGGACUGCCAGCUGCUGCUGCGCAAGCAGAGGCAGUGCCUGUGAAGCAGUUUCCUCCGCCUUUCUCCCCUCCUCACGGUUUCUACCCACCCACCUACCACUGCUUCCCUGAUCCAUCCUUCAUGUACAUGUGGCCUCCUUAUCCUCCUCCGCUGAACCUGGGGUGCAGCUGGCAGCCUCCAUUCUCUAGCGGCCAUUCCAGCAGUCCAGGGGGGGCAAGCCGAGUGCUUCGCCCCACAGCCAUGCUGGCCACAUCGCCCCUCCACGUGCCUGUUGCUGUCAAGGAGAGAGGGAAUGGUGUCUCAACAAAGGAGACGGCUCGUAAGGAAGCCGGGCUGCAAGUAGAGACUGGCUUCAAGGGGGGUUGUGAGGGGCUGAUGUUAGGGAUCGAUGUGUCUUCAGACCCUGCUGGUUCUUCCAAGCCCUUCACAGUGCUCACGUCCAUCGCUCUAGCAGCAUCCGUCACUCAAGAACCGUCUCCUACUAUUGGAUCAUCAAUCCAAGAGGCUUUGAAGGACUUCACCCGUCACGUCAGCAUCGAAAACCGUUGGCCGACGUCCAUGACUCGUGUCAGCAGAGUGGAUUUGGAGGACGCCACGUGGCAGCGCGUGUUGCAGUACGACUUUGAGGUGCAGCUCGGCGCGCAGCGGAAAGCCUUUUCCCUUUCGGAGCAGCUAAGCCCCCCCGAGUACCUCCAUCCCCACUUGCCGCCUCUUGCCGCACCCGACGCUGCUAGUAUCGACGAAUCGACGGGGCAAACAGAAGAGAAGCAAGCAAUCGGUGUUUCCGAGGAGAGUAAAAACGGAGACGCAGGAAAAUCAGGAGCACAUGCUUUUGCGGACGGGGGUUCUCUUGCGCUGCGAGGCGACUCGCUGCUACAAUCAGUUUCAGGGUCGGUGCUGACGUCAGCGGCGGCGGGGUCGCUGCCGCCGGUGACGGUGGAGGGGCCGAUGGAGAUGUGGGUGCAGGACGCGGAGCAAGUGCGCCUCGCCAUGCCG